AUGUAUAAUAAUUUAACGGAGAAUGAGAUGGCUAAGUUGGCAGAAAAGGACGCGAGUGUUAAGGACCUUGCCGUGGCCAGCAUUGGGGAUCCAAUCGCUCUUUGCUUGCAGGAAACUCAACAAAAGUUGAGCACAAUCAAGGUGACACAGGAUGCUGACGAAAGGCCGGGGAAAGAAUUGGAGCAGCUGGAAGGUGAAAUCGUCAAACCGAUUCCAGAUGAGAUUGACAAAUUGACGAAAGAUGAUCAUUUCAAGGUGAUGGAAUGGACCGAGAAACUUACGCCGAACGAGUAUCGAAUGUCGUGAUCAGACAGCCGAGUCGCGUCGUUCACAGUUCGUGUCGAAAAUACCAAAGCCCAAUCCUUCAUCGAAAAUUCGACCCAUGACCAAAGGCGAGAAUAAGAAAUCCAAUAUUCCAAUUAUAGUUGAGGCUAGCUAUAAAACUGGUCAAGAAGCUGGCAAGCAAUCCAAUUAAAUGAACUUAUCCAAGAUAUAUAUUAAUAAUAUCAAUAAGUAUGUAAAUUCGAUAAAGCUCAACGAAUAUAAUAAAGUAAGCAUUUUAUUCAGUGUAGUGCUUUGGUAUUUCGUGGGGAUAUU